AUGCAACUUCAAGAGCAAUAUCAAGAAGGUUCAAAUUCAAUUACGCAUAGUCCAUAUUAUGGUUGUACGGUACAAGCUGUUUCAAAAGCACAUAUUGCAUAUGAAGGAGUUCUUGAUGGUAUAAGUAUAAAUAAAGAUCGAAUCUUUUUAAAAAAUGUACGUGUCAAAGGAAGUAUACUUGAUUCUUCUGAUCGAGAUAAUUCGGUUAUAGGACAUGACACAUUAAAUACUGUUAUGAUUGAUCAUUUGACUAAUGACAUGCAUAUAUAUGACCAAGUAUGUUUAAAUGUUCGUGAUAUACAAGAAUUAAAACUUAUUCGAUUACCACCAACAUUUCAAGAAUCUAAAGCUAAACUACGUGCUAUUGAUCCAUGUCUUGUUGAUAUACGUCUGUCACAUUCUGAUGAACAUGAUAGAAUGUCAAAUGAAUCAAUGAAAGAAUAUCAUCAACUAACACCAAUAGCUCGUCAUACACGUCGUGAAUCAAUUGAAAGUAAUGGUGGUAGUGUAAUGAUUUCAUCAAGUUCAAAUGAAUCAUCAUCAUCAUUAGGUUAUUUACCUAUUGAUAAAAAUGUUGAUGAUUCAUUUAAUGAACAAAUUAAAAAAUUUAGUGAACUUUCAACAGCAACACAUACUACAUCAAAACCAGUUACAUUACUUGCUAAAAAAGUUUUACCAAAAAAAAUUCCACGAAAUAAUCUUCGUCCAAUAUUGACACAAAAUCAUGAAAAUAAAUUUCCAUCAGCAGAAGUUAAUAAUACAAAUAUAAUAAAAAAAUCAUCUGUAGAUAAUCAUCGUAAAACAUCACCUAUUCGUGUAACAAUUACAAGUAAAUUAAAUCCAAAUGCUACUCCAUUUUAUGGUCAACAAGGUUCAGUACCAAUGAUUCGAAAUUCAUCAUUUACAUCUAAUGAACGAAAUCGAUUUCAACAAAAUUCUCAACCUAUUAUUUCAUCUAAUCGUUCACAAUCAAUACCAAAUGAAAUCAAUACAAUCAAUCGUCCUGUUCAUCAACAAAAUCAACAUCGUACUUAUCAACGAUUUGUUCCACCACGACAUAUGGUUAUAAAAAAGCAAUUGAAUAUUCAGCCAGUACCUAAUUCGAAUACUUAUUCUCAACAACAACAACAACAACAACAACAAUCUAAACAUAAAAAAUCAAGCCAUGGACAAAUACCAGCAUCAAUUCAUCAAACAUCACCGACAGUAAUGGAUCAGAUAUUAUCAACACCACCUAUGCGAGAACGUUUAUCAGUACCAAUUAAUAAACACCCACGUCAAUCACCUGUUAUUCUUCAUUCGACUGGUAGUUUACCAUAUCAACAUAGAAAUUCAGGAGACAAUAGCCAAUUGCAAAUGCCGUUAUCAUUUGGAGAACCAAUUGGUUCUCAUCGUAGUCAACGUACUGUUUCUGGUACAAGCAGUGGUAGUAGUUUGAGUGUUGAUAUUGGUCCUCAUUCAAUAGUUCAACUUGAUUCAACAUCAAAUGCCUUAAUAUCUAAUGAAGGUCAAUAUGAUUUUGAAAAAGCCAAUGAAGAAUUUCGUCGUUAUUUAGCAUUGGAAGAAUUAGUUACUCGACGUCAAUCAUCAGCUUGUUCAACAGAAUCACAUUCAGAUGAUAAUUUAAAUCUACAACCAUCUCAUACAAAUUCAUAUAAAAAAGGAAUAUCCUUUUUUGAUCGUAUAUCAUGUACAGCAACAACAGGUACAGCUGUAGCUUAUACGGAAAUGGAUGAAGUAGAAAAAAAUCGUGAAACAUUUGGCGAUGAUGCCCUUCUUAUCAGUUCGGAUUCAAAUGAUAAUGAAUGGCUUAUAUAA